GCCACCGUAAACAAGCCGCUCUUCGCUUUCGGCUUUCCGCUGCUGAGUCUCGUGAACUCAAUGAUCAACUCGACAGCUUACUAUUCGUCGUCGUCCGUCGUUCCACCGUCCCUGAUGAACGCUGGAAACGGCAUGACGUUCUCAUCGAUGGACGAGAAAAACUUCCUGAAUUUUCCUGCCGGGUGUCUACCACUGUCGGCGAUCCCCCCGUCUGUCCAUCCCAGCGUAGGAGCGCUCGAGGAACAACGUGUGGACAUUAGUCGAUACACUCAUAUGGUUGCAAACAGGAACCUGAUUUCUGCUUCGCAGUUGCAUAAUUACUUUUAUGCACAUCCCGGUUCGCACCCAGCUCAUCCGGCCGGAAACGUUGUAAUAAGUCAGCCCUCUCACAACCCGUUUUGGUGGAAUUAUGGUUCGCAGGACUCUGGCCAGCAACAGCUCGUCAGCAGCGAGGCAAGAGCCGUCGCCUUAAAGAGUGCAGCUUUGAACCAGUGGCAGACUCCGCAGUAUCCCACGUCACGGUAUGCAGCUGUGUCGCCGGCUACCAGCUCAUGCAACCCUGAGUCCACUGUACAAGCGGCAGAAGACUUUCAGCGCCAACGUAGCGAUCAGCCGACAGACGUCGUCAGCACAGGCAACGCUGAAACGACCACUAGGAGAAAGAAGGGAGGAAAUCGAAAGAUGUAUUCCGAAGAACAAAAGGCAGAGUUGGAGAAAGAGUUUUCUUUCAAUAACUACAUCUCGUCACGCAGAAGGCUCGAGAUAGCAGAAAUGACAGGUAAUGGUAAAGUUUCCAAUGAAAGAUAG